AUGGGUCUAUGCAUGUCUAGCAGAAUGGGCGGCGGAGGCAACUAUGGUCCUCCUCCUCGCCCACAUCAUGGUGGCUUCGGUGGAGGUGGUAUGGGCAUGGGUGGAAUGGGUGGUGGUAUGGGCAUGGGUGGAAUGGGUGGUGGAAUGGGUGGAAUGGGCGGCCAUCAUGGACAUCAUCACGGUCCUCCUGGUGGUGGUGGUUUUGGAGGCGGCUUUGGUGGUGGUGGUCCUGGAUUUGGUGGAGGUGGUCAUCAUCAUGGCGGUGGUGGCUUUGGAGGAGGCUUUGGAGGGCCUGGAGGUGGUGGUGGUGGUGGUUUCGGAGGUCCAGGUGGCGGCGGUGGUGGGAGAUGGUAA